GCUUCGGCAACCAUGUCUGGCAAACCCGAUGUGACUGAGAUCGAGAAAUUCGAUAAGUCGAAACUGAAGAAGACAGAAAUGCUAUCAAAAGAAACUAUUAAACAGGAGACGCAAGCUGGCGAGUCGUAA